CCGGCUCGCCCAGGAGCGCCCGCUUCACAGGGGAGACAAACACCGCAUGACAGUCCUCUGGGGUGGGCUUGCAUCUUGUAAUUUCUAGAAGAUCUGUGGACCGAAGAGACAGAUUUGACUUCCAGGUGCUCUUGUGUGUGGCCCACCAUGCUCUGAGGGGCCUCUCCUGCUUCACUACUCAGCUGGUGGCAGGGCGUGUCCUGCUGCUCAUGACAAGAUGACUUCGCAGAGUUGCCAGAGGGGUCCAGGGAGUGCACACACGAACUACAAGACCCAUGCCGUACUGCCGUCUGCAGUCAUACCUCUUCCCUGCGUGGCUGCAACCUAGAACGGCCCAACAGAUAUGGAGGGCAGAGCAAGCCAGUCCCGCCCGGCACUGUGGGCUCCUCAUGGGUGACUGGCUUGCUGAGGAUGCUAUUGCUUCUGUGGUACAUGACCAUGGCAGGUGGGCUGGAAGUGAAGACCACAGAGACACAGACGGUUUUCUUACACGACAAUGUCACUGUACCCUGCAAAAUCCCGGGGUCAACCCGCCUGGACAUCACGAUUGUGGGAAUCAUCUGGUCUUGGAAGAAAGAGCGGAAUGAAUCUGAAGCCCCCAUAUACAAGUUUUAUGGAAGUCACCAGGAGGCGACCCGACCUGGAGCCAAUGUGUCAUUGUUGGGGCUGGAAUGGGGCGAUGCCUCACUCCAUCUGCCCAGGAUUGAGCUGAGUGACGCAGGAGAGUACCGAUGCAAGCUGGUGGUCACCCCACAACAGGCAGAGGGGACGACCAGGCUAGAUGUUGUGGCUUCUCCGGCCAUGAAAUUGUUUGUGAAACCAGCUACAGAGAGAAAUGGUGAAGAAGAGCACGUUAUAUGCAAGGUGGAUGGGUUCUACCCAGCAGCCAUUGACAUAAAGUGGGAGGAGAGCACCCUGAAUGAUCCCCACUUCCGAGCGAUCACUGAGGGCAUAAUCACUGGUCCCGCUGUGAGGAAUGAUGAUGGUACCUUCAGUGUUACCAGCUCCUUGGCCGUGAAACCAGCCCUGGAAGACCAUGGGAACACCUUCACCUGUGUGGUGUCCCACAGAUCCUUGCUUGACUCCAAGAGGCUCAGUGUUACACUGCCUGGGAAAAGACCUCUGAAGAUAUACUUUGCCAUUGUUGGUCCCUGUGUUCUCCUGGGUUUGGUGAUGAUAGUUUAUUGCCUCUGGAGAUGGAGCAGUGGGAGAGUCUGACAAGAAUAUAAGGACUUCUGGGCUGCAGAGAUACUCUUGUAGAGGGCCCAGCACCCACAUGGCGUCUCACAACCUCUUGAAAACAUCUCAUCUCCGCUGGAUCAUGCACAUCUAUGGUGAACAUAAACUCAUGCAGGAACGCACACAAACACAUAAAGAUAAUACAGAAAUAAGUCGGCUUGAAGAAGAGGAAGAAAAAAAGAAAGGCUGCUGAUACAACACAGA